UCCUCUCCCGGAGCCUUCUUUCCGCUGCCCUCUCACCAAACUGUGGUUGCUUUAACUCCUUCUGGAACCGAAGAAGGGAGCCUCCGCGGCGCGCCGACCUUCCCCGCCCGCCCGCGCGCCCUCGCCUGCAGCGCUUUUGAGGAUUACUGGCUGCACAAAGCCGGCUGCCUGCUCCGGCCCAGGGAGGGAUUUACCUGCUGCUGGCGAGCAAGCGCUGCCGCCGCCGCCGCCUCCUCGCCCCAAAGGCGUCGCGGCGUCGCCAUCGAGAGGAUUGCGCGGCGGCUGAGGCAACGCCGGGGACCCCGCUCGGCGCGCCCCCCCUUGCCCUUUCGCGCCGGGGAGAAAACUUUUCGGCUCUUUAGGGCGGCUCUUCGGAGCUCAACUCGCCGGCGCGGGGAGCCGUGACGGCGACACCGAAGGCGCCUCUCGGCGGGUCCGGGGAAGGGGGGCGCCCUUCAGGCUGCCAGAUCAAUGAUGUCUGUCCAUACAUGACACUUGUAAUGCAGUGAUUUGCUGCACAGGCUGCAGAGGAGAUAAUAUGGCCUAGUAGAAUUGACCUGUGAAGACUCUAUGAUGUCCACGGUUAGCAGUUUCAGGAAAAACCAUCAGGCUGUGAGCCUGGAAGGCGUUGACCCAGAAACGUGUAUGAUAGUGUUCAAAACCCAUUGGGCACAGGUUGUGAAAAUCUUAGAGAAGCAUGACCCUUUGAAAAAUAAUCAGGCAAAAUAUGGGGCAAUUCCUCCUGAUGAGGCCAGCACUGUGCAGAAUUAUGUAGAACACAUGCUCUUUCUUUUAAUUGAAGAACAAGCAAAAGAUGCUGCAAUGGGACCUAUUCUGGAGUUUGUUGUCACAGAGAAUAUAAUGGAGAAACUUUUCCUUUGGAGUCUCAGGAGAGAAUUCACUGAUGAAAUGAAAGUUGAACAACUGAAGAUGUACGAAAUGCUUGUCACUCAGUCCCACCAGCCUCUGCUACAUCACAAACCCAUCCUGAAGCCUUUGAUGAUGUUGCUGAGUUCUUGCUCAGGAACUACAACUCCAACAGUGGAAGUAGAGCUGGUAGUUCUUCUUAACCAGUUAUGCUCAAUCCUAGCCAAAGAUCCAUCUAUUUUGGAACUCUUUUUCCAUACCAGGGAGGACCAAGGAGCUGCAAACUUCCUCAUUUUUUCUCUCUUGAUUCCCUUCAUUCACCGAGAAGGGACUGUUGGACAGCAGGCCCGUGAUGCACUCCUUUUUAUAAUGUCACUUUCUGCAGAAAACAAUGUGGUUGCAAAUUACAUAGUAGAAAACACUUAUUUUUGUCCGGUGCUAGCAACAGGCUUAAGUGGCCUAUAUUCAUCUUUGCCUACAAAGCUGGAAGACAAAGGAGAAGAAUGGCACUGUUUGCUGAAAGAUGACUGGCUUCUUUCUCCAGCUCUUGUGCAGUUUAUGAAUUCUCUUGAGUUCUGCAAUGCAGUAAUACAGGUAGCACAUCCAUUGAUUCGCAACCAGCUUGUGAACUACAUUUAUAAUGGGUUUUUGGUACCUGUUAUGGCCCCAGCUCUCCAUAAGGUGACUGUAGAAGAGGUAAUGACUACAACAGCAUACUUGGAUCUCUUCUUGCGGAGUGUUUCAGAGCCUGCUUUACUCAAGAUCUUCCUCCGGUUCAUCCUGCUGCACCGCCAUGAAAAUGUGCAUAUCCUGGACACCCUCACAAGCCGCAUAAACACUCCAUUUCGGCUCUGUGUGGUGUCUUUGGCAUUGUUCAGAACACUUAUCAGCUUGCAUUGUGAAGAUGUGAUGCUACAACUAGUUUUAAGGUACUUGAUACCUUGCAGUCACAUCAUGUUCAGUCAGAGAUGGGCUGUGAGAGAAAAAGACUGGUAUUCUGUAUCUGCUGCUAGAUUGCUUGCUUUGACUCCAGUCUGCUGUUCCAGUGGGAUCACGUUGACUUUUGAAAGACAAGAAAAAGAUCAUAUUCUUUGGAAAAAGAACACACCUGGGGAAGAUUCCUUGGAAGAGUCUUCCAGUGGGAGCAUUGCAAACUCCACCUGUAUUGUAGAAUAUGGCAAAACUGUUGAUAUUAGUUACCUGCAGUAUCUCUGCGAUGCACAGACUCUCAUACUCCACUGUAUGAACGAUUGUGAGGUUUGGUCUGCUCCAUAUGAUGGUGAAAACCCUGAUCCAUCUAUGUUUAUACAAACUCUGGCCGAGGAGGAUGGUAAAAACCUAGACCAACCAAUUUUCCGACUCCAGUACAAAACUCCUAGUAACUGUAGUUCUUCUCAGGUGACAUCCUUUGGGGAAAAGAGCCAACUUGAACUGGAAUGGGAUGAUAGCUAUGACACAGGGAUCUCUCCUGGAUCUGAUAUGGGUUCACCUCGACAUGAUGAUGAUUCACAGAAUGGAGAUUCACAACCUCCUGCACAACCACCAAAGCACAUUCAAGAAAUGAAGAAAAAUGCAAUAAUGUUGAUCAAAGGGUCAUAUAUAGAGGAAUCAGACUUUCAGGAUGAUGUUAUGGUUUAUAGGUUAUGUGCCCAAAAGGAUACACAGGAAUCAGACAUCUUAAAGGAGAAAGCUUUAAUAGCAGAAUCCCAAAAUACAGACAGUCUCCAAGUGCUUCCGACUAAUGGUCCCCUUAAAAGCUCACAGCUGGAGUGCGAUGUGAAAUAUUCAAAGUUAACAGAAAAAACAACAGCUGAAGUCCAUGACAGCAUUUUCAGAACAGCCCCUCAACCUGAAAUAGAACCAGCGUUAUGUUCCUCCGAGGUGGAUCACAAUGUUAAUGGGAGAUUGCUGAGCCCGGAGAAUGAGGAUUUUAUUUCUCAAUGUGAUAACAUCAUUAAAGAAUUGGAUUCUAACUCUACAGGAUUAGUAGAACUUAAACUGCUUAUCCCUGAUGCUGUCUCCCCAGUGGAAGAAGAAGAGGACUUUGAAAAUUUUUCAGCUGAUACACCGUCAGCAGAAAGCAUGCCUUCACCCUUUGGAACAAAAGAUGCAUGGUCUGGCAAUUCUACAAGAAUCCAAAACAUCCCAUUUACAGGACCAUUUAUUAGUGUGGUGCUAUCAAAGCUGGAAAACAUGUUGGAAAACUCCUUGCAUGUGAAUUUGCUGCUUAUUGGUAUCAUAACUCAUCUGGCCAGUUACCCACAACCCCUCCUUCGUUCCUUUCUACUCAAUACGAAUAUGGUAUUUCAGCCUAGUGUGCGAUCGUUAUACCAGGUGCUGGCAUCUGUGAAGAACAAAAUUGAGCAGUUUGCUUCUAUUGAAAAGGACUUUCCUGGUCUUCUCAUGAAAGCCCAACAGUACUUGCUUUUACGAGUGGACAUGUCAGAAAUUCCUCCACAGGCAUUGACCAAAGAGAGUAUACAGCACAACAGUGCAGCGGGGAAAGGUAGAAACCUUUCAGAAGCAUCUCAAGUUAUCCUGCAGCCUUUUUUGGGAAGUAAGGCAAAGAAAGGAAGCACUCUUCCCAAUGUUCCCCUGCACGUCCAGAACGCUAUACUGGCAGCGGCCCUCUUUCCGGAAUUUCUUAAAGAGCUGGCAGCUCUUGCACAGGAACAUUCCAUUCUAUGUUACAAAGUAUUUGGCGAUUUUGAGGAUAUUCAUUAGUUUUAAGUUCAGUUGUUGUUUUUUAAAAAAAGACUGUUAAAUUUUCGUUUUAAACACAGAGCUACUUAUAAAGAGAAUACUACUUUAUAUUCCUGGUAAUACUUGAUUUGGGGGAAAUUGUUACAUUCUUACAUUGGGCCUUAUUUCCAACUGUGCAACGUAUAUAUGUGAUGCAUGGACAAAACCAGCUUUUAUUUUACUUUUCUUUCAUUCCUCAUUUUACUUAUUUCAAUUUCCCUCUUAAAAUGUUGCAGUAGACACUUUGGGAAAGGUGUCACAACUGUGUAAGCAACUACACACUACUACAGUGGAAAAUUUGCAGCUCUCCAGAUGUUGGACUCUCCCCUCCCUCCCUUCCAAGACCAGCAUGAAAAGUCCACUAAGCCUUUUAUGUAAAUUACUUUUUAUGUAUGGGGUGGGUGGGAUAGAUAUUUCCAUCUAAAUUCUUUAUUAGAGGCUAGAGUUGUGAUUCCAAAUGGACACAACAUAUAUAUAACCCCAUUACCUGGAGAAAGCAGGUGCAUACCAUAUUGCCUUAUGCUGUGGACAGGUCUGACACUGUCAGUUGUUCACUCCUUUUGUAGUUUAGAUGGAAUGAGUAAAUAAAUGCUGAGUACAAAGAGUGUGGAACAAUUCCCUGCCAUUUCUCAGCACUCUUUGAAAAGACUAGAUUGUUACCUAAGCCCUCAAGCCUUAUUUUAGUAAGAUUUGCACAUGGUAAAAUGUUUCUAUGCAAGCUGUAUUUUUUUGUAGUACACAUUUGUACAUUUUUAUUGACAAACUGAAGAUAAACAUUUAAGAAAUGUUUUAGUAGUGUUAAAAGAUUAACUUGCUGUUACUUUUUUGCAAGUCAUAGUUUCGUAAAAUGGAGAAAAUAGCCUGCUUCUGUAAGCUGGUUUUGUUUUUGUUUUUAGUUCAAAGAAAAGCUUUGUGAUACCUAUAAACUCUGGGUAUUUAUUUAUGUUGACUUGUCCUAAUAUUGCACUUUGGAGAGAUGGCAGAAAUGUAUUGCAUACUAGUAGUAGAGAAGAAGCUACCUGAGAUAUAAACCCUGAAACCUGUUGCGUUUGGUGUUCAAUUGCUCAAGAACGUUUUCUAUUGUGAAUAAUGAAACUCAUUAGAAUGGGUCCAAACAUGAUGAAUUGGUACAUUACAGCUGCAUUUCAGCUCGAGCUAGUAAGAGUAAUGGUUCCUCUGAUGUUCAAGUAGGCUUUAUGCGACUAGUGGCUCAGUACUUGGAAGCCUUUAUUUUCUUUUACAGGAGGUAGAUAGGAGAAAUUGCUCCAAAAUCAAUGGAAAGAGAAUGUUUAGACAGGGCUCGAAAGCAAUUGGUUUUGUGCCUGUUUGUAAAUUUCACAGUGAUGUAUUAAUAGCAGGAGGAAGAGUUUGUGUCUUCCAUGAUACAACACGGCACCUGAAUCUUGGAGGACUUCCAGGUGCUUGCCAGAAGAAUGUCACUUGAUUCUUUGAGAAAUGCACUGUUGGCAGGAAAAUAUUAAUCCAUUGAUUUUUCCCUGACCUGGUCUCUGCUAGUCAUAGAAAACAAAGGGGAAGAAGUCUGCAUCUUCCUAUAGGUUUCAUCUUACUCUGUAUAGUGAAAGCUCUUACCUAAGUAAGGACCUGCCAGUCCUUUUCUUUAGCCUAUUGAUUUCUUCACACCCUGCUUCAGUUCCUUGGACAGUGAAUGCAGUGACCUCAUAAUUUUAGUCCUGGCAUCUAAUCCACGAAAAAAAAUCUGGCUGAUUAUACAUCUGUGUGCUAAUUGUACUCAGUUUCAGAAAUGGAGGUCAACAGAAGUCACAUUAUCCUGCUCUUAUCUGAAGUUGGUAGAUAAGAUUUUUUAUUUGUCUACCCAGGGCUUUUUAAUGGAGGUAUGACUGUAAAUUGCAUCACUUUAAAUAUGCUUGAAGAUGAUUUCUGUAAUACAUGUAAUUUGUUUGUCUGAUCAAGUUCCCUGUAUCUGCUGCAGUGUGUAGAACCUCUCUACAGUCACAGAUUUCCCUGUUUCCUCCAUGACACACAUACACGCACAAAACAAACCUACCUGUUUUUAUGUAUUUGUACACUUCUGGUGAAUUUGCUGAUUUUCCAUUCUAAAAGCAACUUACAGUUGUGAGGACAUUUUUUCCUUAACACUGUCCAAUCCAGUACUAAGUCACAACUAGAGCAGGCUCAUUGAAUCAACGAAACGUACAUGUUUGAGGGCAACUUGAUUUUAUAACCUAUUUUGCCAGAGUGCCUUCAGUGGUUUUAUAUUGUUUUAACUAUGAAGGCUACUAUUAACAGCUGAAAGAAGAGAGGAAGACUGUCUUUCUGAUUUUAACUUUAAUAAUGAGGUGUUAAAAGCAUGGAUCAGAGUUAGAAGCAAGUCCCUAAAAGGGGUCUUUAGAGUCCUGGCAGUACCUUUUUCCAUCCCCCACCCCCAGUACAUAUACUGAAAAGUAAAAGCUGCAAAGACACGAUGUUGGCAAGUGGACUGUUCUUUACCUCUGUGAAUGAAAAAUACAAGAUGUUUGUUGCUGUUCUGGUUUGUGUUUCGUAUUUCAAAAGCACCCAAACUUUUCAAAAGCUCCUGUGAACUCCAUCUCUUCUGUGUCCCGAUGUAAUUACCCGAGCUGUGAUUACACCACUAAUUCAA